UCACGCAUGGUACCUAAAAUCAUCUCUCAUACUGUAUAUUAGUAUCAACGAUUACCGUAGAUUGCUGCAGGUCAGUAAAAUAACAAAUGAAUAUAUUCGAUUAUCUUCAAACGCGAAAAUGGGCUAAAAAUGUAAAGCGCAAACGUUAUUUCUACUCUUAUCAAAUAAAAAGUAUAAUCUUUGAUUAUAAUUCAAGUGUUUUUUACAAAAGGGUCUAACUUGAUUUGUUUUAGCUAUGAUAAAUUUCAUAGUACUUACACCUCCACCUUUUUCAAGUAUACCGAUAAUUAUUUUUAAAUUAAAAAAUUAUUACAUUUUUGUGAGCCAUGUUCCUUGAUAGGUUGACAUUUAUUUUGGUCAUUGCUAUUCUGCAAGGAUAUGCUGAAAGCGGAAUACUGUAUCCUAGAGAAUCAGCCACUAGGGAAAAAUUAUCACUAGAUGGUUUGUGGUAUUUUUCUUUAUCUACAAAUGGAUCAAAUCCUAGAGAAGGCCUUACGGGUAAUGUAAAUGACCACGAUGUGGCUUUAAUGCCAGUACCAUCGAGUUUUAAUGACAUCCCAACGAGUUUGGGUGCAAGAGACCAUCUUGGAGCAGUCCUUUAUGAAAGAACGUUCUUGGUACCAAAUAGCUGGAAAUCUGAUAAAAAAAUUUGGAUAAGAUUCGGAUCAGUUUGUUAUUCCGCAGAAGUCUACAUCAAUGGUAAAUUAGCUGUGUCUCAUCAAAUUGGGCACUUGCCAUUUGCAGCUGAAAUUACAUCCCUAUUAACAGAUGAUGAAAAUACAGUUCGUGUCAUAGUUGACACCACAUUAACUAGUACAAGUAUUCCUCAAGGAUCCAUCUCUACUCUUCCAGGUGGAAGAAAGAAGCUGGACUACACAUUUGAUUUCUUCAAUUAUGGAGGAAUUGAUAGACCCGUGUUUCUGUAUACCACUCCACAAACAUACAUUGAUGAUAUUCAUAUAACAACUACUGUAGAAGGCAAUACAGGUACUGUUGCCUACUGGGUAGAUGUAGCGGGAUCUCUCCCAACAAUUACUUACAAAGUAGAAGUUAUAGAUAAAAAUAAGAAAGUGGUAGCUACAAAUAACGGUGCUAACGGAGAAAUAAAAAUUGCUAACGCUAAUCUUUGGUGGCCAUAUUUAAUGGACGAUAACCCAGGAUAUUUGUAUACAUUAAGGGUUCAGCUGGUAAGCGCCACUAAUAACAUAAUAGACUCUUACUCGCAUCCAUUUGGAAUACGGCAAAUAGGAUGGGACAGCACAAGUGUUACCAUCAAUGGAAGGCCCAUUUACAUUAGAGGCUUUGGAAGACAUGAAGAUUCUGAUAUUCGAGGUAAAGGAUUGGACCUUCCUCUGAUUAUCCGAGAUCACAAUUUGAUCAAAUGGAUUGGUGCUAAUGCUUACAGAACUUCGCAUUAUCCAUACGCUGAAGAAAUUAUGGAUCUGGCUGAUAGAUUGGGGAUAAUGAUUCUUGAUGAAGUACCAGCUGUAAAUACCGAGAAUUACAAUAACGAUUUAUUGGAAAAUCAUAAACGGUCUUUGACAGAACUUUAUAAAAGGGACAAGAAUCGCCCGAGCGUUGUUAUUUGGUCUAUCGCCAACGAACCCAGAACUCAGCUGGCAGAAUCAGAAGAUUAUUACAGGCAUGUCUCAGCUCAUAUCAAAUCUUUCGACCAAACUAGGCCGAUAACAAUUGCUAAUUGUUACGGAUAUGAUGUCGAUCAUUCUGGUCAAUUUUUGGACAUCUUGGGGGUUAAUAAAUACGCUUCUUGGUAUGAGUAUCCCGGAGAAUUGGACACCAUCGUUCCCAAAGUGGUUGAACAAUGUGAAGGAUGGCACAAGAAAUAUAACAAGCCAGUUUUAGUUACGGAAUAUGGAGCAGACACCUUGGAAGGAUACCAUGUGUUGCCUACAUACGUUUGGUCGGAGGAAUUCCAAGUCAAAAUGAUGGCACAGCAUUUUAAAGCAUUUGAUCAAUUAAGAGCACAAGGGUGGUUCAUUGGAGAAAUGAUAUGGAACUUUGCUGAUUUCAAAACAGGAAAUGAUGUAAGGAGAGUUGGUGGAAACAAAAAAGGAAUGUUCACAAGAGAACGCCAGCCGAAAGAUAGUGCCCACUUUUUGAGAAAACGCUACUGGAAUUUGGCUCGUAAACUCAACAAUGUCAAGUUACCUACUGAUUUAGAAGAAUACGUGUUGAGUUAAAUAUUAAAAAUGUAACAAUAAAUUAUUGUUUAAAAUUGGUUGUAUUUGCAAACUUCGCUAUAAAUCUUAAUUAUCAUUAUCUUAUCACAUCAGCGAUUAAAAACUGAAAAGUAUGUACGUACCUAGAUUAUUGAUAAUUUACCUACAUACUUUUACAUAAUAUAUACAUUUAUCGUAUUAACUGAAAGGCAACGACAAUAACUCAAUUAGCACAAAUAGGCAGGUCCAUUGAAAUUUUUAAAUUUUUCGAUUUUUUAAUUAUUCAAUUUAUUUUUUAAAUU